AUGCUAAAGGGGGGUUUUGAUUUACGAUGUUGGGUUACCGCUCCUAUUAGAGUAGAUAACACUGUCCAGACUCAAUCUGUAUUAGGAGUGCUAUGGAAUACUCUUACGGACGAAUUACAGUGUAGUUUCCGUCUUAUUAGCACUAUACCAGAUCGGGUCACGAAGAGAGAUCUUUUGUCAUUAACUCAGCAGAUAUUUGACCCUAUUGGAUUUCUUGCACCUGUUACCCUAGUGCCUAAACUAAUAGUACAAAAGGCUUGGAUAGAUAGUACAGGUUGGGAUCAAGCUAUCAGCAACGAGUUAUCGAAGGAAUUUAAGAGUUGGCUAAAUCAUGUUCAUCUGAUAAAUGAUUGCAAGUUGCCGAGACGCUUAUCAGAGGAGAGGUUGACGAACUGUAACAAAAGUUUACAUUUGUUUUGUGACGCAUCUAUUAAUGCUUAUGCAGGUUGUGUCUUUCUUCGGACCGAAUGCAAAAGUAAAGUUACGAUUAGGCUGGUUAUGGCCAAAAGUAGAGUAGCGCCAAUUAAAAGAUCAAUAACUUUACCUAGAUUGGAGCUAAUGGGAGCGCUUAUUGCAUCGCGGCUUGCAAAUGAGAUAAGUAGAACGUUGUUUACCGACGACACCUGCCCGUUAUAUUGUUGGACAGACUCCGCGGUUGUGUUAGCCUGGAUCCAAAGACAGUGUUCUUGGAAGCCGUUUGUGAGCAAUAGGGUAAGUGAAAUUUGUGCUCACACUAAGAAGGAACAUUGGCGGCACGUACCGGGCCACUGCAAUCCGGCAGACCUACUGUCACGUGGCUGUAAUAUGAAGACAUUAAUGGACAGUCACUGGUGGGAUGGCCCUGCUUGGCUAUUAUCUGACCAAGAACUGUGGCCUCAGUCUAAUCACAUCGCAGUAGAUGAGAACGCUGUUUCCAUAGAAGCAAAGAAGGAGGUACUUGUAAAUACUAAUGUAGAUACUGAACAUUUUAGCGAGAAGCUUUUAUACUUUUCUAAGUAUUCAAGAAUUGUACGUGUAGUAGCUUGGAUAUUCCAAUGGAGAAGGCGACGAAUGUUUAGUAUAGCUUAUAUAAGCAAUGAUGAAUUCGAAGAAGCUGAGAAUAUACUUAUAAGACUUAUUCAGGGUGAACAUUAUGUAAAUAGAACUAAAUUGAAUAAGAAACUGUGCAUACAUUUAGAUAGUAAUAGUAUUAUGAGAGUAAAGACUAGAUUAGGUUUAGGAAAUUAUGAUAAAGAUUUUUCGAGUCCCAUAUUAUUACCAGGGAAAAAUGUUAUUGUGAGGCGACUCGUUGAAGAGAAACAUAUAUACUUAAAGCACAUUGGAUCACAUACUUUAAUGUCAGAGCUGAGAAACAGAUUCUGGAUUACAAGUGUGAGAUGGCUUUGUAAGGAUAUAGUUAAGAAAUGCAUAAUUUGUGGCAAAAGGGCAAACAUUAUGAUACACCGGAGACACCACUCCCUCUUGAACGGAUUCAAGGCACGGCAGCGUUUCAAAUGA